AUGAGUUUGAAAACUUAUAAGGCUCUUAGAUGUCUAAGAGGUCAAUUUCAAUUACGGUACUCUCCUGCCCUGGCACAUAAGCCCAAGUCCGACAAGCCCAAAGAUAUAACUCAAAAACCAUUCGAUCCAUUUCUUGAUCCGCCCCAAUCGUUGCUUGUCGCCGAGGUUGGCUCGCACAACCUCGUACUCAAUAAAUUCCCCGUUAUACCGGAUCAUUUCAUUCUUGCAACAAAAGAGUUCGAAGAACAAACCCAUUUGUUGGAAGAGGCAGAUUUUAAGGCGGCGUAUGAUUGUCUAAAAUCAUACCAUACACAAGGGGAAGAACUGUUUGGGUUCUUUAACUCGGGGGAGCACUCUGGCGCAUCCCAGCCACAUAGACACAUACAAUUCAUUCCGGUCGAAUCCAUGAGGACAGGACUCGACCAAGAGGCAAAAUGGUCUCCAUUGGCAGACAGUCUUACUGAGACACCUGCACCAGAGUUACCGUUCACAUACUUCGCUGCACCUCUCCCAGUUGAUAUUCAACCGUCGGAUUUGCAUGCAACCUACGUAGGAUUACAUCAGAAGGCUUGCCAACUAAUGGGAACUGCUUCUCCUGUGAAUCAUGUGACGGAAUCGCCCAUUAGCUAUAACCUCGGACUCACCCAUAAGUCUAUAGUGUUAUGUCCGCGGACGGCCGAAGGGCUCUCAAUCAAGGAUGCCAAUGGCGAUACCUUGGGAUCCGUUGCUUUGAACGGAACGCUUCUAGCAGGUACACUACUGGUGAAGAGUGAAACUGAAUGGAAUGCCGUGCGCAAGGAUGAGAAGAUCCUUCUUGAUGUCCUCAAGACAAUUGGGAUACCUACGAAUACAAUCGAUUCAAAGUAUCUACCUUCUAACUCUAACACCUUCGAUAAUCUAGUAGACGGAAAGAUAUAG